AAUUUCCCGAGUCGCCGCCAGAGGUCUCUCCUUUCCACCCUCCAAGAUGCCGAACCGACUGCCAAGCGUCAGCGUCAAGGACGUCAACCAGCAACAAUUCACCAGGGCUUUUGCCAACUUCCUGAAGAAGUAUAUCAACUUAGGCGUUGUACACCUAUACUUUCCAAGCUAUGUAAGUAUCUUGGCUUUUAUACAUUAUGCUGUGUACAUUACCAAUGUUAGCGGAUUGUCUAACACUCUUGACUCAAUCAAGGGUUUAUGUUACCAAGAGUGCACAGACACUACCACCUUACAGAUCAUAAAACAGUAUAACACACCACCACCACACUGCUCCACCUCAUAUUUACUAUGGUGCGCUGCUCUCGGCAACAGACCCACAAAUACUGUAAACAAACCUACGCCCUAUGGAGAGGCCACUUCCCCAGACUGUAGUGUCAAUAACAGGUGCACACGCUCGUCUUUGCCCCGUGAUGCCAUUCCCCGGAAAACCCUACAUUGUUCCUCUAGUGCUGGGCCUAAUUGCAUCAUUCCUGCGACCAAGACUCUCUCCCGGCACUUUCAAGAGACCAACGGCUUCAAACUUCCUAAAAAUCGGCCGCAAGAGAAGCUACGACAGAAUAACACUCAGACUGCCAGCUUCAAGGAGCUUGCCCCAUUCGAUGAUGACUGGUUCUACACCAGGGUGGCUGCUCUUGCCCGACACAUUUACAUGCGCAUCGUCUCUAGCCGUUGGCGUUGUGUGUUUAAAAAUCUUGGAGGUCGUGUGAACCGUGGUAGCGCCCCCUCCCACUAUGUCAGGAGCUCUGGAUCUAUUGCCCGCAAGGCCCUCCAGACACUCGAGUCUCUGAAGCUUGUAGAGAAGGGUCCCAAUGGUGGACGUCGCCUGACCUCCCAGGGACACAGGGAUCUGGAUCGUAUCGCUUCCCAGAUUAGAAUUAGGGUAAAGUCCACCAAGUUCACCAAACCCAAACCCAAGGUUGUAGUCAAGAAACCUAAGGGCAAGACAGGUGGCAAGUCUGAAUAAACAUUUGUUGACUUGAA